GUGGGGCGGGGCUCGUAAACAGAGAAAUCUAAAUAAAGGAUCGUGCAGAAAUUUAGUACAAAGUAACUCACUUUUUCUGGACAAGUAAAAGGUAAAUCUCGUGUGAUGCCGAUUCGCCGAACAGCAGCGACUCCAACCCAGGAGAAGGCCCCCUCCGCUGCAGCAGAGAAAGAGCCUCAAGCCGCCUCGGAGGAGUCGCCCUCUGCCGACGGGGAGCAGGCCGCAUCUUCGGCCGCAACGGCCGAGGUCGAGGAGGCCGAGGCCACGGGCGUUACGGAGCCCACAGAGAAUGGAGAGAAGGCCGAAGGCGCCGCGACGGAUAAGGGCGGCGACAGCACGGAGAAGAAAGAUGACAAAUGCAAGGACUGCGCGGCUGGACAAUGUGCAACACACUGCUAUGUUCUCCUACUAAGGUUGAAGGAUGGCUACAAGUACGAGAAAGCCAAAGUCAAGAAGGUGAAAAGGACGAUUCCUGCGUGGGCUAGCGUCACUGCCAGCAAAAAAGUCCCUGUCACCAACUUUGCAGGCACUCAGAACAAAGUGGAUAAUAUCCUCAUCGAAGCUAUUACGUCUUGUAAUGACAGAUUUGGUGUUUCAUACCAGUCUGUCAUGAAAUAUAUUGUGAAGAAAUACCCGGGGAUGGAGCUCGACAAGAAGAAGUUUCUCAUCAAGAAAGCAAUGAAGAAACAUUUGGAGAAGGGUACCAUCAAACAGCUGAAGGGUAAAGGCCUUUCAGGAACUUUCGCCAUCGGGAAGCAGUCCAACUUGUCUAAGAAAGCUGCUCAGAAGACUGAGUCUCUGGGAGACGCUCUUCCUCUCAUCAUCACUCGGCUCUGUGAGCCCAAAGAGGCCUCCUACAAUCUGAUCAAGAAAUACCUGGAGCAGCACUUCCCCAGCCUCAACAUCGAGACCAGGCCAGAAGUCCUGAAGGCAGCGCUGGUGAAGGCGGUGGAGAAAGGUCAGCUGGAGCAAAUCACUGGGAAAGGAGCCAGAGGGACUUUCCAGCUGAAGCGAACUGGUAACCAGGUCCUGCUGAAAGGCGGCGCCUUGGAGGACGCCAUCACAGCAGCCAUCACAGCCAUGAAUGAACCUAAAACCUGCAGCACCACCACUCUACGUAAAUAUCUAGUCGACGCCAACAAGGAUAGAAAGGAGUACCAACUAGUGGCCAAUCUGAGGAGGACCCUGACGAAGUGUAAAGUCCUCGGCUGGAUGGAGCAGAUCACCGGUCACGGCUUCACAGGCACCUACCAGCUCUCGUUCCCUUUCUACCCCAGCCCGACUAUCCUGUACCCAGACAAGUUCAAAAAGCUUCCGACGAAAAACCCUCAGCCUUCAUCCAAGCAGAGGCGGACGGCCGACUCUUCUGACGAGGAACAGGAAGAGUCAGAAGAAGAGGAGGAGUCUGAGGACGAAGCUCCGAAGAGGAAAUCUCAGAAGAGGCCUCCACCCAAAGCUCGCCGCCCUCCGCCGGCCAAGAAAUCUCGGAGCGCCAGUCAGUCAAAAGCCAAAGGCAGAGGACGCCCCCUCGCAAAGAAGUCUCCGGCAAAGAAAGCGGCGUCUUCAGCCAAGACGUCGUCAAGGAAACAGUCAGCCUCUAAGAAAGAAUCCACGCCGUCAUCAAAAGCCACGCCCGUCAAGAGAGCGGCUCCUGCAAGAAAGCCCAAAACACCGGCCGUUAAAAAGCUGACCAAGAGGGAGUCCAAGCAACCGGCGCCCAAAGAGACGUCCCCAGAGGAGACCACGGUCACAAAGGAGACGACGAGGAGCGGGUCCAAGCGAUCCAAGCCCGAGGAGUCGUCCCACGAGGAGCCCGCAGUGAAAAAGCCAGCGAACAAAAGUGGGUCGAGGCGGCCCGAGUCAUCCCCCGAAGAGCCUGCAGUGAAAAAGGGGGCGAAGAGCAGCAAGCAGUCUACCCGCAAGUCCAAGAGAGGGAAGUACUGAGGCCAGGAGCGCCCUCCGGACUGGUUCGCAGCAGUCUGCCGCUUUGUUCAGUGCUCUCUCUCUUUUUAUCAAUGUUUUCUCCCUUUUCAACAGGGCAGUAGGUCUUUUUUUUUGUUUGUUUGUUUUUUCUAUUGUAGAAUAAGAGCAUUAUCCUACCAGUUAAGUUUACUGUACGUUGAGAGUUUCUGAAUUUCCUUUUUAAUCACCAUGCGUAGAAAAGCUCAGUUAGCGUUGCAGUGAAAACAGCGACCGGCCGCCAGAUGGGGAAAGCGUAGCGAGAUGCGACUUACUGUAACUAGAGCCAUGUAGUGACUUCCGUUUUUAUAUCUGUUCCUCAUCCGAUCUCUAGGUGUUGGAAGCACACGUUCCUGAUAUCAAAUGAAGUGUCGGUGUUUCGGAGGGUUGAAAAUGAUUUGAUGAUGAUGAUGAUGAUGAUCCAUUUUAAGUUAAAAUAUGGGUUGAAAGACAGUUAGUAAUGAUAAUGUUUUAUAAAACACAGACUUUAAGGUUAUUAUUAUAAUAUUUUGGCCAUGCAGUAUUGCAUCCAAAUCUGAAUUUCUACCCAUGUGUCCUCAAAAAAUUAUUCUUAUUAUCAAUAAUUGAUAUUUUGUUUAUUCUACAUGAUAUUGCCCCUAGAAAAGAUGAGGCCUGCAGGUGACAGGUUGAGGACUUUCAGAGGAUAAAACACUAUGUUAGUAUUCAUUUCAAAACAAGUCACACUGGGGGGAAAGUGUCUUUUUGAUAUGUGUGUGUGUAAAAAAAAAAAAAACAUAUACAUGAAUUGAUUUUAUUGCUUCACAGCUGUAAU